GUCACAUGCAGACACAGCUCUUUUUUGGGAGCGGAGCCAUUUUUGCAGUGUGGUUCAGGGUGCUGCACUGUCCGUAUCUCCCAUUAUUGUGCCGUGCCUGGUCCCAUGGCUGCAUUAUGCCCGGAGCUCAGCAGUUGCAGCCUGUGUGUCCCCAUGGCUGCAGUUUGCAUUCAUCAAGGGCUGCAGCCUGUGUCCCUGCUGUUGCAUCGUGUGUAGCAGCCAUGCGUUGCACGCUGCGCUUCCACUUCUUCACUUCUGUUUUUUUCCUCUGCAUUUUGGAACGCAGCGGCGACACACAGCGGUGAGAGCAGAGAGACGCCACUUCAGCUGAUCAGCAGACUGACGGCCAUAAAUCUCGGAGGAGCAGCAGAGCACUCGGCUGCUGUCCUGGGGGGGUACCUUUAACUCCGGGCGAUCAGUGCUUCCCUCCACGCUGCGCUCCUCGCUGCCGCGCGGAGCAAACCUCCCCCGGCACAAAGGACGCACGCGGAACGUCUCAGAAGGCCGCACCGCUUGGCCCCCUGGGGCGGUGCUCCUCCCGGAAGUCAGCCUCGCUCCCGUCUGCGUGAAGGCGGUGCCACGCGAGGCGUGUCGGUGGUUUCCCGUCUCACCGGAAGUACGCAAUCGUCCCGCGACUGAGGAGGGCCGCCGCCAUGGUGCAGCUCGGUAGCGGCCUUCUGAAGAGCUAUCGAGGCGGACACGUCGUCAUCCGUUUCGCCCUCGGCGGCUGCACCAACCGGCCCUUCUACCGCAUCGUAGCGGCGCACAGCAAACGCGCCCGGGACGGGAAGUACCUGGAGCAGCUCGGCUGCCUCGACCCGCUGCCCAACGCCCACGGCGAGAAGGUGGCGGGGCUCAACCUGGAGCGCCUGCGGCACUGGCUGGGCUGCGGCGCGCAGCUGUCGCGGCCCGCCGAGAAGCUCCUGGGCCUGGCGGGGUUUUUGCCGCUUCACCCCAUGACGAUAACCAACGCCGAGAGGCUCCGGCGGCGGCGGCGACGAGCGCAGGAGUCCGUUGUGCCCCCUGCUGAGGGCGGCUCGCAGGAGCCCGGCGCUGCGGUCUGAGAGGCGCCGCGCAGCCCCGCGUGCGCACCGAGUGCCGUCCAGGGAGGAGCAACAAACACGACCAUCAAAUAUAACAGAAUAUCCCAGGUUGGAAGAAACCCACAAGGAUCCUUCAGUCCAACCCUUGGCUCUGCAUAGCACCACCUGAAAUUCAAACAUUUUGUCUGAGAGCCCUGUCCAGCUGCUUGUUGAAUUCCCUCAGUUGGGCUGUGACCACUGCUCUGAGGAGCCUGUUCCAGUGCUGGAAGAUACAAUGAUAUAUACAUAUUGACAUACAGCUUGAUAAAUACAUUGAUUUUUUUUUCCUUC